AUGCUAGCCACUCUUCCGCUCGAACUCGUCCUCGACAUCGUCCGCGUCUACAUCCAGCGCGACUUCUUCGACGAGGACUGGUCGCCUUAUCACCAUCGCAUCGCACCGCUCUGCCUCGUCUGCAAGGACUUCAACGACGUCGUGCAGCCCGUUCUAUGGUCCAUUUGCGUCUCACCGGCUACGAUCAACUCGAGAAACUUGCCGCGCCUAAGACCGGCGCCUCGCACCUCUUCCAGCACGUCGAGGAGUUUGCGGGACUCGGUCCUCCCCAUCGCGCCAGUCUUCACGCCGGCCAGCAAGUCGUCCCUGACCUUCCUCGCUCUCGAGAACUUCGUCUUACGCAACGUGCCGGUUUCCCUUGUUCUUCCGAAUGUUCAGGAGCUUUCGCUUGUCCGCGUGGGUACUCCACGCUACAUCGUUGAGAGGCUCCUUGACAAAAUCUGCACGCCAAGUCUUCAGCGCCUCUACCUCGCAAGUCUCUCGGAAACCGAGGAGCCCGAAGACUUAUUCGCCGAGUCCUUCCUUCCGAUCCAGCAUCUCGACCUGCGCCGCGUCAAGGCUGUCCAGCUCAAGCCGCAGAGUGUUGAGAUACUUCCCUCGGCGUUGUACUACCAGACCGGCCCGUUCAGCGAAGAGACGGAGAUCCUCCUCUCGUGGACCGUUCAGGCUCGCGAGCAACUGUGGGGAUCCUUCGCACUUCCUCGCUACUUCCAGCUCCACAUCCCGUCCUGGAUGAUUGAAGCGCCGACCUCACAAUUCGCCAAGUCGAUUCACCGCGUCCUCGACGUCGUUUGGGGCGAAGAGUUCGAGGUCAUCUUCCUUCCGUCAAGCGUACGCAACCGCGCAAACGUCCCGACCUGGAUCCAGCGAGGCCUGCGCACUCUCUUCGACGAGUGCAUCGACGCCGACAUCUUGAUUUACUUCUACGACGACACCUCGGAGGAGUCGUCCUUGCGCAUGUCGGACGCCUUCCUCCGCUUCGUCAACAACCCGUCGAUGCCGGACGAGAACCCCCUCAUGGUCGAAACUCGCCGGUCGGGGGCGGGCAAGGGAACGACACCCAAGACAGACGAAGAGACGCUUUGGACUUUCGCCAAGAGCUUCGGAGAGAUUGGAGAUUCAGACGAUGAGGACGACUUGGGCAACGACUUCUAUUCAGAUGACGAGGCCGAGGACGACGAGAACGACGAGUGGGCAACGGAGGAAGAGGAUGUUGCGGUGUCGGAGUGA